UUAGAUACAAAACGGAGGGGAUGGCGGAUUUGAUGGCAUCGGGUGAGGGAGGGCGGCGUCCCAGCACGUCCUCCCUGCUCUUGUUCGGAUGCGCCGAGAGGAUGGAGUGGGACAAGGUCAAGGACAUGACAAGGAGGGAGAACGACCUUCUCCGCACCGCCGACAAGAACCGCGACGGAUGGACGCUGGCGCACUACGCUGCGGUCGGUAACCAAAGCAAUGGACCCACGGUCAGGAUGCGUGUGUUGCUCUCGUGACUGCGCUGCCUUUCUGUCUGCAGGUUCAGAACAAUGUGUCGGCUUUGACGUGGCUGAAGGGCGAGGGCGCGCCCCUCCGGCAGCGGAGUCUGCAGAACCGCACGCCGCUGCACGAGGCCAUGCGCAUCCACCAGGGCCGCAUUGAAGUCAGCCCCAAACGGGGAUCGGGAGGCGCACGAGACCUUAAAGACGCCAUAGAGUUUCUCCUGCAGAAUGCGUGAGUGGCCCGGGGGAUCGUUCGGCUGGGAUGAAUGUGUUGUGUUGUGUUGUGUUUGCCUGUGUGUGUGUGCAGGUACACAGCGGCUGAGCGUUUGUAUUACGGUGAGGGGCUGACGGAGGGCGAAGAGGACGCGCAGCAGCGGGUGCAGACGAUGGAAAGGGAAUUCACCGCCCACCCCGACGGUAGGUACACCACACAGACGCACACACACUCACUCACUCAUGUCUGUGGUAUGAGAGGGUGUGUGUGUUGGUUGUUUGACGUAGAGGUGAACAGCAUGAUAGAGGACCUGGAGCUGCCCUGGAUCGUCUACUGCACGCAGGAAAGGAGGCUCCCCGACCUCAAGUGAGUCACUGAAUGAGUUACUUGCACACCAUACAGACGACUCACCACCGCCGUCCAUCCAUCCAUCCAUCCCAUCUGACCGUCGCAGGUGGUUGGUGGCUCACGGAGGCGACAUCGCCCACCGCGACAACAGCGGCCACACCCUGCUGCACCUGCUCUUCUACGCUGAGGAAGACCUAGACACAGAACUGGUCAGCCACACGCACACACACACACAUCGUCCCUCUUUCCUUCCCAUUUCAUUCAUCUCAUUCUCUCAGGAUGACCUCAUCCCAGAGAAUGAUGGAGACCACCAGCAGCAGCAGCAGCAGGGUGCUGGGGGUGAUCCCGAGGCCCGCAAGGCGAGACGACACCAGCCAGACGCUGCUGAGGCAAGUGCGAGUGCAAGUGCGAGCGCAAGUGCGAGCGGCUCUGGUGGGAGGGAGGCGUCGAGCGGCAUUGCCAGCCCGGGCGAUGUGCUCGAGUUCCUUAUCGAAGCCACACAAGGGGAGCUGGUCUACGCACGGUGGGCAGCAGGGUGGAUGGAUGGACCAGCACAACCACGGACGGAUGUGCAUUCGCUGUUUGUGCAGGAACACUGACGGCGAGACGCCAGCCAUGGUGUGUGCGGACAGAGUGCUCGAUCCGUCCCUUGCCCUUGACCUCCUCAAGAUACUGCACAAAGCCGGCGCCGACAUGAAGGUAGGUGCACAUGGCACACACACGACCCCUGCUAACUGCCCAGCCUCCACGCAUAACUAUUUUGUUAUGUUAUGCAGGCAGUGAGUGCGGAUGGCGUGACAGUGCCGAUGCGGCUGGCGCAGUCGUUUGGCGACGGCCCGUGGCUGGAGUGGGCCUUCAAGCAGCCACCGGAGGGACCGGGGUGCGACAGAGAGGCGAAGGACUUCAAAGGUCGACCUAGCCUUCGCAGUACACACCACAUGUGCACCAUAGUUAGAGUGUGUGUGUGUGUGUGUGUGGGCGCCCAGGUAACGAUUUGUCGUAUUAUCUGGCUGUGUACGCGGAGAACGAGAUGGACUCGCUCUCCAGCGGGGAUGAAGAUGAAGAUGAUGACGACGAUGACAUCUAAACCUGCCCGUUCACACACACAGACACACACAGGUUUGUGGCUGCGUGUCUGCGUGGGUGUCUUGUGCCUUAUGUGUACUUAUGUGUGUUGCUGCACGUCUGACAAUGGUUCGGACACACUCACACACGAAGCCUUAGUGCUCGUCAAUCAAAGGUCUAUUUGUUCG